GCCCCGUUGUGGACGACCAUUCGACGCAGACAUCUCAUCCUUGACCGUCGCGCCAUGGCGACCUUCCACGACGACCGGCGCCCGACCACGCCCACGGGUCCGUCUAGGACUCCCAGGGCCAGCGGUGCCAUGCGCGCCCUCAACACGAAUCCGCCGAGGCACGAAACCUUUUUCGACGACGCAACCCCCGUCGACCAUGCCAGAGACUCGAGGGCCGAGUCUGAGCCCGACCGCCUGCGCGACUCCCACGACCUCUCCUUUGCCGAGGGUGCCACCGCCCGCGACUCGGUCGUCGACAACAUGCUGCUGUCGCUGGACCAGUUCUCCACGGCCACCAUGUUCGCCGCCGCUCCCGCCGGCAGGCGCGACGACGAGCCCUUCUUCAUCCGCGACAGCUCCUACCGCCCGCCGGGGAACCGCAACAGGGGCCACACCUACACGGCCUCGGGCUCCACCGACUACGACCCGUAUGCCGAGGAGACGACGCCGCGGUACCCGUCCCACAUGCGCGCGCGCCGCAGCAACAGCAGCAACAACAUUGCCUCGCCGUCCAACCGCAGCGCCAGCACCCGGGACCCCUACCCACGGCGCCAGGCCAACCCCGCGUACGGCCAGUACCAGCAGACCGCACACAUGCGCGGCGGCGGCACCCAGGGCAGCAAGAGCAGUGGCUCGUCGAGCAUGGACUUUGGCCAGACAGGCAUGUUGGGCACGCAUCGACUGGGCUUUGGAAAGCGCUCUGCCAGUUUUGACCACAGCAACCGAUCUGGAUUGCCGGCUGCGAUCAACGACUCCCUCUUGGAUCGAGGCAGAGCCGCCUACAUGAACUAUGACCACGACUACGACGCUGCUCCUGAACCUACCGUCCCGGCAGGGCCUAGGAAACGACAGCCGCCGCAGCAGCAGCCUGUCGCGCAAGCACCCCAGCAGCCUGCUUACGCACCUCCCAUGGCUCCAGUCCCACGUCGCAGAGGUAGUAUGAAUUCCAACAUGAGUUACAGGACCCUAAAGAAGGGCAAGAGCCAGCUGGAGCCGAGUAUGAGAGCCCAGGCCCAGGAGUUCGUCAACGCUAGCACGCUGCGUGAGCUGCCAUCCGUACCGGCUUUCCAGGAAGCAAUGGCGUCGGCUCCACAGCUGGGGACGCGCAGAUCACUAUUUGGAACACAGGAUCAGGCACCCAAGGAAAAGCCCGGGUUCUUCAGGCGAGUGUUUGGCGGAGGCUCGUCGAAAGCCCAGGCACAGCCAGCACCCAGUCUUCAUGCUUCAAAUGCAGCACCCCCAGAGCUCGCAACGUCCGCUCUACCGCGACCUACUGAGCUUGACUCGAUAUAUUCCAACAACCGGCCGCGAACAACACCUAGUACUAAUGCGCACAUAGCUAACCAGUUGAAAUCCUUACCCAAGGUGCCACAAAGUGCUGGAGGCCGUCCGAACGACACGCAGCCACCUGCACCGCCUGUUCUGACUAAGAAGCCCUCGUCCUUUUUCAGGAGACGCAAAAAGUCCAUUUCAGAGCCCAUGAAGCCUCCAAUCAUGUCCCUCGAGUUUGCACACCCUCCCAAACCGUUCCUUGCUGCACAACCAAGCCCCAGUGUUAGCAGUCUACGCCAGGUUAUGAACCCGUAUCUGGUGGAACCUCCACUUGCACCGGAGACAUUCUACGACACGCGAGAGCAUCAACAGAUUGACGAGGAGCAGAAUGGUGAGCGCCCCCAAGGAUUCUCGCCUGGCUAUAAACCUCAUAAAGAUGCAACAGUGCGCUCCGUAAGACCGUCCUCUCCCUCGUGCUCGCCUUCUCCCUCGACUCGCAGCGAACGGACAAAGUCGCAGGACGCGAGCAAUAUCAAGUCGAAGCCCAAUGCAAAGCACGAAAAAGCAAUGCCGACCAUGGUAACACCACAGGAAGAUACAUUCCUUGCGGAUAGCAGCAGCUGCAACGAAGACCGAAGUGGUCGCGCGACCCCGGUACAUGAACCCAGUAGUGCGGUUGGCCCCACAUCUCCGUCACUCAGCAAGCCUAUAACAGAAGGACCGAGUGAAGCCAAAGCACGCAGGGAACCCCAGCCUGGACUACUGACACCUACACCUAACGCAAGAGUAACGUCUGGUAGCACAUCUGCUUCGCAACCAACGCUAGCUACUGAUGACGAAGGCUGGGUCGUCACAGCGCCAGUGCAAGACGAAAAGAAUGCGAGAGGCCGCAGCCCCAGUGCAAGACGCGUCUGGCUCGAUACCACAGUCACCGAAGAGCCGCCUAUUGACGGUGCUGAUAGCCUGCAGCUGCCUUCGGAGGGUGCUCGUGCAUCCCCGCAAUUGCAGGAGCAGUCGGUGCCAGUCACUCCCGACGUGACCUCACCAUCGUCACCAAACGAGGUUUUUCACUCUGCGACCAGCUUGCCUAUAGUCCAAAUCGAAACCCGCGACUCGGACGCGACCAUGCCAUCCAUCGCGGAGGAUCGCUCAACGCAUCCUGAGCCCACCGACGCGGACAGGGAGCGUGCGCUGAGGAUUUUCAGCGGCAAUGAAACAGUCGUGCAGAAGUCGCAGGCUGCUGCAGCCCUUGGUGAUGUUACUCUCAGCAGCGCACGCAUUCGGCGGGCGUUCAUGGAUUUGUUUGAGUGGACUGGAUUCACUAUUCUCGCUGCAAUGCGUGAUAUGUGUGGCAAAAUCGUACUCAAGGCUGAGACUCAGCAAGUCGAUCGCAUCUUGAUGAGUCUGUCGGAGCGAUGGUGCGAAUGCAAUGUCAACCAUGGCUUCAAAGAAGUCGACGUUGUGCAUACCAUCUGCUAUUCGAUUUUGCUGCUCAACACCGAUCUGCAUGUAGCAGAUAUCGAGACCAGGAUGACUCGAAGUCAGUUCGUGCGGAACACUCUGCCAACCGUGACACGGGUCUGUCAAGAUGCUAUUAAGGCGGACCAGACAUUGCGGCCAAAAUCAACCCACUUUCGCAGGGGCUCGCUACCGUGGAAUGACAAUUCGGAACCUGUGACUCCUACUGCUGAACAACCAGCGUUUCCCACUGAGGUGACAGAGGAGAACACCGAAGGCCGGCGAGCUCGAAGCCGGUUAUCAGUCAGACCAGCAAUCAGAAGUGGUGCAGAAGGAUUGUUGUCCUUUGACUCUGCCACGUCCGAGGCGAACACUCUGGUCAACACACCCUACAAUGGUCCGAUGAAAGGAUGGGAGUUCCAGAUCGAGAUGGUCCUGAAAGAGUUUUACGAGUCAAUUCGCAAGCAUCGCCUUCCCCUCCACGGAGCUUCAGACCUUCACCACCAGCCCUCAUCCAACAACCUUUCCGUCGCCGGUGUUUUACGCCGUACGCCAAGUGUCUUAAGUAAAGCCCCUUCGGACAAUACCAGCUACCGAGGGCGGACGCAAGCCGACUUCCGCAGCGUGGGGGCGCGUUGGGCUUCAAAGAACCGUUCCAAGCAGAGGAUGUACCCCGCAUCGACAGUAGCAUCUAGCCGUACCAGUUUGGACGAUAAUUCAGUCUGGAGCCCAGCGGGAUCAAGUUCGUGGAGUCGUUACUCAUACGGCAAAACGGGCACAUCCAUGUCGGUGGACUCGAUGGGCUCCCACUUUGCUGCUGGUGACUAUCAGCAAGCGAUUGGUUUCGCCAAUGCUCUCAGUCAAGCGAUCAUCCGCGAAGAAGGUAUGACGAUUGCCAGUGACGAAGACUUUGCUCGCGCAGCUCCACUUCUUGAAGACGAAUCGCUGGAGCUUGUCGGUGCACCUUGGGCCAAAGAGGGCAUCUUGAAACACAAGCAUCACCUGGAAACAGUUGACAGGAAAGCCAAAGACCGGAAUUGGAGCGAGAACUUUGCUGUCAUUGAGAAGGGUUAUAUGCGCCUAUUCUCUUUCAGUAUGAACUCGAAAUCUGCGCGGAUGAAGAGUAAGGCCAAGCCAGCUGCCGGAGGCAUCGUAGGUGGCGGCAAUUGGAUGGACAACGCCGAGGCGCUUGAGGUCUUCCCGCUGCGGCAAACCAUUGCGAGUGCACUGCCACCGCCAGGCUAUUCUAAGACAAGGCCUCAUGUGUGGGCAUUAUCGCUUCCAACCGGCGCUGUCCAUCUCUUCCAAGUCGGCACCCCGGACAUUGUUCGAGAGUUUGUGACUACUGCCAAUUACUGGUCCGCCAGACUAUCCAAGGAGCCUCUUACCGGAGGGGUCACCAGCAUGGAGUAUGGGUGGGGUGAGAAUGUCAUCAACCCCGCCUUGAUUCGACAGGACAGCAUUCCUACGAUUCAAGGACAUAUGCCUCGCCCCAGCGUUGCGAGCUCUCUUCGUAGCUCAAUGGACCACGCAACAGGGGUACCAAGGGCUAGGCUCCCUGGCGAUAAAGCCAUACUGUCUGAUUGGAGUCCACCAACAGCGAGUAUGAUGGCCAGCAACCUGAUGGAGGUCGACCAGCUAAGAGCACUCUCUGACUACGUGAAAAACAUCGAAGCAGAAUUGGCGCUCCACAACGAAUUGAGGGCACCUCUGCUCAUCACUUUCUCUCCCCGUCACCCCAAUGCCGCCAAAGCAAUGGCUAAUUGGGAGCGGAAAUCGCAAUACCUCCUCAAGGAGAUUGUCAAGUUCCGCACUUAUAUUGACACAUUGGCGCUUGCCCAAAGUCAGAAGGAGAAGAUAUACGCCGAGCGUGAAGCAAGCGGAGACUCACGUCCCGCAACCAAGGAUGGCGCGGCCGAGUACUUACCGUCAGACGAAGUUGAUGGUGCGAAAGAAGUCCCAAGAGCUUCCGAGCCCAUCGACUCCUAAUAUCUUUUUCUUGUUCCUGUCAUUUUGUUCGUUUUGCAUAUACUGACGAAUUUCCCAAUGUUCUUUCAGGUCUUACACCUCUUCGACGAACGAUGCGGCGUUUACGAUUGCUUCAUUCAUCUAAAGUCAUGUUCAGAGAGCGUCCUCACUCGAUAGCUUGAUGCUCUGUACUUUUAAUAUUCUCUUCUUCUAUACGUUUUGCAUUCGACACGGGUAUGGCAUCAUUACCAUUUUGGUGUCGAAAGAAGGUUACGAAGCAUCAUGUAUACAUAUUGCUCAGCUCGUGCAAUUGGGACUGCGCUCCAAAAGAUUCGUCUUCGCUUGGUAUGCGGUGAGCCGCUAUAUUUGGAGGAAGCAUUUGGUAGACUUUGGGAUGGCGCGGGUUAGACUAUCAUAUACCCCAGCUUUAGUCAAUUCACCGCUUUGUCCCAUAUUGCGCAUGUUGUUCAGCUCAAUGUGCUAUAGCGUCAAUGCGAC